CAAUAAAUCGAAACCGAUCGCUUUAAAUGUUCAAUCUCGUAUCUCGCAGAUCAUAAAUUGUCGGCGAGAGACCUGUAAACACCUGGCUGUGUAAUUUCGACUCACUGUCACUAUUACUAUUAUUAUCAUUAUUAUUACUAUAAUCCUUUCUGUUUACAUAGAUAGGUCUUUAACACGCACUUAAUAUUGUUUACCAAAGAAAUGGUGAUGGAGAAACCAAGUCCCCUGCUUGUAGGGCGGGAGUUUGUGAGGCAGUAUUACACGCUGUUAAACAAGGCACCAGACUUCCUGCACAGGUUCUAUGGGAGGAACUCUUCCUAUGUUCAUGGAGGUCUUGAUCCGAGCGGGAACCUGGUGGAAGCAGUGUACGGGCAAUCGGAAAUCCACAAGAAGGUCAUGUCUCUGAAGUUCAGCGAGUGCCACACAAAGAUCCGGCAUGUGGACGCCCACGCCACGCUCAGCGACGGCGUAGUGGUGCAGGUUCUCGGCGAGCUCUCCAAUAACGGGCAGCCCAUGCGGAAGUUCAUGCAGACGUUUGUGCUUGCCCCAGAGGGUUCAGUGGCCAACAAAUUCUACGUACACAACGACAUCUUCCGCUAUGAGGACGAAGUUUUUUGCGACUCGGAAGCGGAACUUGACGAGGAAUCAGAGGAGGAAGUUGAAGAGGAGCCAGAAGAGAGGCAGGCAUCCCCCGAGCCGCUGCAAGAGAGCCCCAACAGCAGCGCCUACUACGAGCCCCACCCCGUCACAAACGGAGUGGAGGAACCAAUGGAGGAGCCGGCUCCCGAGCCGGAAAUGGAGCCAGAGCCCGAGCCCAAGGUCGAGGAGAUAAAAGCCGAAGUGGAUGAGAAGGUUCUGGAAGAAACGGAGGAAAAAGCCCCCUCGCCGGUCCCGGUUGAGUCUCCGCCUCAUGCGCAGGAGCCACCCAAGACCUUUUCAUGGGCCUCAGUGACCAGCAAAAACCUGCCUCCUGCCGGCACCUCCUCUGGAAUCCCACCCCACGUUGUCAAAGCUCCAAGUUCACAGGCCCGAGUCGAAGCCAAACCAGAAACCCAGGCAGCGUCGCUCCGACCCCGAGACCAACGCACCCGCGACAGACCGGUCUUCCCCCCACGAGGCCCGAGACCAGAUGGCGCCCCGUCAUCGGAUGCACAAAUGGGAAAACCUCACCUGAGUUUUGUUAACAAAGGCAACAGAGGGGAAGGUGAACCCGGCGAAAUGGACGGCAGGCGAACCGUACGCUACCCGGACAGCCACCAGCUUUUCGUCGGCAACCUCCCGCACGACAUCGACGAGGGCGAGCUCAAAGACUUCUUCAUGACCUACGGGACGGUCGUGGAGAUGCGCAUCAACACCAAGGGUGUCGGCGGCAAGCUCCCCAACUUUGGAUUUGUGGUUUUUGACGACUCUGAUCCCGUGCAGAAAAUCCUUGGGGCCAAGGUAGACGGGCCCAUCAUGUUCCGAGGCGAAGUGCGUCUCAACGUGGAGGAGAAGAAGACGCGGGCGGCACGUGAGCGAGAGAUCCGGAGCGCCGGUGGCCCCGACGACCGUCGGGACAUGAGGCGCAAUGACCGAGGACCCGGAGGCCCGCGGGGCCUCAUGGGAAGUGGCAUGAUGCGGGAGCGCGACGGCAGGGGACCCCCGCCCCGGGGCGGCAUGGCUCCUAAACCCAGCAUGGGGUCUGGAAGGGGCUCUGGAGGCCUCGGUGAAGGCCGCUUCACAACCCAGCGCCGUUGAGGAGAACGGGAAGUCGUACCGCUGGCUUCAUCAUUGUCAUCUGUUAAAUCUUUUUUUUUCUUUUUUUGGGAGGGGGGGGUUCCCCUUUUGCUUUGGAAUUGUGACGCACCCUGUCGAUCGAGCUUAUUUAGUUGUGAGCCGAAGAUCUUUUUUUUUUUUUUCCCUUUUUGCUACGACAUGAAAUUACAAACUUAUCAUUUGUACAUUUUGAGUGGGGAAAGCAACCAGGAGUCAUUUUGUGCCACAUUCGGAGGGACUGAAAGACUUUAAGUACCAUUUAAAAAAAAAAAAAAAAAAAAAAAAAACCAGCCCGUUGUUCUGGAUAAAAGAGAUUAUCUGCCUUGACUUAACCUUCCAUUGCACAUUUUCUAUGGUAGUUACUGUUGGAAGAUGCAAAAGUUGUGCUGUUCCGAAGGGAAAGGCCUGCCUUUUUUCCCCCCCCCACCCUUCCACUCUUUCAAAAUUUGCAUUCGCCAAUAUGCACUCAUGGAUACCUUUUUUUUUUUUCUUCUUCUUUUUUCUAAAGUUGGCAUUCUCGCUCAGAAAGCCGACGAAGCGACACAACACAAACGGGGCAGGCCUCGCUGCUGUGACCAAUGUAUACCGAAAAUUUACAUUUUACUGCUGGAUGGACAAGAUGACCUAUUUUUGCCUCGUUUCUAAUAUAAAUAAUCCAGGAUGUUCACCAAAUGACAGUAUAUUUGAACGUGGGGGGAGGGCAAAGGAUACAGACGAAUGGAAGAGUGGCGCUCUGGUUUCUUUUCAUUCAAACUUUGUCUCAUGUUUUCUUUUUUUUUUUCCAGCUAGGGAUGAAGGACGCCAUUCCUGUCGUUAAAACGUGACAGAAUAAAUGUACAGCAAAAGUCAUAGUUUACUGUUUCGCAUUCCUUUCUCUUGGUAUAUAAAAAAAAAACAAAAAACAAAAGCACGGUGCCUUCUGCGUUCACCUUUUUCGCUGUUAACGAAGCAAUGCCGGACUUUAGUCAGAUUGAAGUUAUAGUCCAAUUCCAGUUUUAAGAUGUGACUUUUUGUACAUUUUCUUUGCUCUUGUUUGAGUUUUGAGGGGCCCGUCUUAAAAAAAAAAGUUAAAGGUACAUUUAUAUACAGAAUUUCAUGUUUUUAAUAUAGUGCCCAGCUUUGACAUAUUGGAACCUC